UUACAGUUGAUUUUUUUUCAAUUCAUCUCUUUAACAAAUCAUUCUCUCAAAUAUUAGGGUUAUAAUUGCUCAUUAUUAUCAUUAUUUCAUCAUUUUUUGCUAAAAAAAAAAGACAAUAAAAGAAGAAUUUUAAGAGAGAUUUAUUAAAGUUUGUUUUUAAAAAGUGUUAUUAACAAUGACUGCCAAACCAACUGAGUUAAGAAUUAACGAACUUUUCGAAGUUGGUUCAGAUGAUGAUAACAAGAAUGGAACAUUAAACGAAGUCGUUGUUCCAACUCCAGAGGUUGUCCAAGCAUUAACUGCCCGUAAAUAUCAAACUGAACUGUACGAGAGGGCGUUAAAUGACAACGUAAUAGCGGUUCUGGAUACUGGAAGUGGAAAAACUUUCAUUGCCGUGAUGUUGAUAAAAGAAAUGGUAGCAAAAGAGAGAGAGUUAAGAAUGAUUAGACGAGAGGAGAAACUCACAUUUUUCCUAGUUAAUCUCGUACCGCUUGUUUUUCAGCAAUCUGACGUGAUCAAAGCAAAUUGCGAUAUAAAAGUCAUGCGUUUUUGUGGAGAAAUGGGUGUCGAUUUAUGGAGUGAAAAACAAUGGAAAAAAACUUUUAUAGAAUAUGAUGUUCUAGUCAUGACUGCACAGAUUUUUUUAAAUAUUCUUCGUCAUGGAUUCAUUUCCUUAUCACAGGUUAAUCUAUUAGUUUUUGAUGAGUGUCAUCAUACUUCAAAAAAACAUCCGUAUAAUUUGAUAAUGAGAGAAUUUUAUGAUCGAUGUCCUGAAGAAAAUAGACCAAAAAUUUUUGGUAUGACAGCAUCCCCCGUUAAUACCCGAAGUGCCAUUCAUUCUGCUAGCCACCUUGAACGUAACCUAAACGCUAAAGUAUUCACGGCCAGUGAUACAGAUGAGCUCCGUAGAUUUGUCAAUCGGCCUGAUGAGAUAGCUAUAAGAUAUGAGCAUCCACCAGAUUAUCCGGAAACUGAACUUUAUAAAAUUCUUUGGAAAGAAUGCCUUGGUGCAGAAAAAUUUCAAAGAGCGUUCGGGUGCGCUUCUCAAGCUCUUCAAAUUUUAGGUCCUUGGUGUUCUGAUCGGGUUUGGAAAUAUAUAUUAGAAGAAUUAAAUUCUAAAUUUGAAGGGAAAUUAGAUCCGGAGCAAUUUGACAUGGAAUUAUUAGAAGCUUUAUUAAAAGAAGAAAAAGUUUUAAUGCAAAAAGUAACAACUAUUAUUGAUAAAUGGGUUUUUCAAAAACCUAGGUGUGACCCCAGUAUGUUAUCACCUAAAGUAAUAAAAUUAUUACAAAUCUUAGAUUGUUUUAAGGAUCAAGCUGAUAACUUUUGUGGAAUAGUAUUUGUUGAGCGACGUCAUACAGCUAAUGUUUUAAAUUAUUUGUUAGGAGAGAUAAGUGGUUUAGAAUUUAUAAAAUCAGACGUAUUAGUUGGACAUGGUACUAGUGAAGAAGGAGAUAUACAAAUGAAAUUUAAAGAUCAGAACAGAACCAUAAGAGCUUUCCGUGAUGGAAAGAUCAAUUUACUGAUUGCUACUAAUGUAGCAGAAGAAGGAUUAGAUAUCCAACCAUGCAAUGUCGUUAUUAGAUUUGAUUUUUUCAAUACACUGAGAGCCUAUAUUCAAUCUCGAGGAAGAGCUCGUCGUAAAGAUUCAAAAUAUAUUGUGAUGAUAGAAAAGGAUAAUCUCAAAGAACAAGGCAUACUUGGAGAAAUGAAAAAAGCUGAGGAUGAUAUGAAGGAAUGGUGCCAAAUGCUCCCUGAGGAUCGUAAAUUACAAAUGAAUGAUAAUAUAGAUGAUUCGGAUGAUUCGGAUGAUGAAGAAGGACAAUAUUUUAUCAUUCCUGAAACAGGUGCAUUAUUGAGUUAUGAAUCAGCCGUUUCACUUGUUAGUUAUUACUGCUCAAAACUUCCUAAAGAUGCUUAUUGUCAGACAUUUCAACCUGAUUAUAAAUUUAUAAAAGAACAUGGUGGAUUUACUUGUCAUCUUACUUUACCAAAUAAUGCACCCGUUCGUGAAAUUGUUAGUGAAGUUUGUAGCAGUAGAAGCAAAUCAAAAAAAGCUGCCGCAUUUAAGACUUGUCUACAAUUACAUGAGAAAAAGGCAUUAGAUAACCAUCUGUUGCCAGAGAUAGAAUGGAUUGAAGAAGAUCAUGAAAUGCCGAAACUGACCAUUGAUGAACAUGGGUUGGUCGAAGGAGCGAAAAAAUCCAAAAGAGAGUAUCGUCUUAAAUCUCCUGAUUUAUGGGUUAUUGAAGAAGAUCAACCCAAGAUUCCAGAAGAACUAUAUUUCACUAUUUUUAAAUUAGAUCUAGAUGAUGAAAAAUAUGAUGGUAAUCCAUACCGUACAAUGUGUUUAUUAACACGUAAACAGUUUCCGGAGAUUCCAGCAAGUUACUUAUAUUUUCAUGGAGUUCCUAAAACACUUAAUGUGCUUCCUUAUUCAACACCAAUUAAAAUCGAUCUUGAAAGGAUGCAGUUGAUUUUUAAAUUUACUUUACGCAUAUUCACUUCUAUAGUCAACAAAGAGUUUAUAUGUGAAUUUGAAAAUUUCCCAUAUCUCGUAGUGCCGCUUGUCAAAAAUACACCUAUCAAUGAACAUACUCCUAAUUUCAUUGAUUGGGAAGAUAUAGAAAAGGCUGUUAACGAAAAACAUAUACCUGUUGACGUGAGUAACAUAUCUGACGACAUGAUGGAUGCUGUGAUAAUCGAUUAUUCAGACAAUUUACGGCGUUAUUUUGUUCAAUCUAUACGACAUGACUUAAAUCCAAUGUCUCCAAUUCCAGAAGGAAUGGCAAUACGUGAAAAAGGUUGUAAAAAUUUUGCGGAAUAUUAUAAAAAAACAUUUGACUUGGAUACAAUUUAUCCAGAUCAGCCGAUAUUUCAAGUUCGUAAAAUUUCAAAGGUUAUGAACUUUCUACAACCUGUUCCUGGAGCACUUCCAACUCAAAAGGGUCGAACGGCAACAUUUGUAAUUCCAGAAUUUUGUAAACAAUAUACAAUACGGGCUUCCGUUUUUAGGUCUGCCCUUAUGAUACCUGCUAUACUCACUAGAAUCAAUUCUCAACUAUUAAUAUUAGAAUUACGAUUAAAACUUGAUUUACCUAUAACUGAUCAAUUAUUAUUAGCGGCAACGACAACACCGUCUGCCAAUAUGGAGAUGGAUUAUGAACGUCUCGAGACGUUGGGCGAUUCAUUCUUAAAAUUUGUCGUAACGAUAAGGUUAUAUGUCAUGUUUCCUGAUAAACAUGAAGGUCAACUCCAUUGUCAACGUAUAAGAAUUAUUUGCAACAAGCAGCUAUAUAGAAGUGCAAAGAAGUUGCAUCUCUAUGAAUAUAUAACAUCACUUCCAUUCAAUCGUAGAGCUUGGAGACCAGCUGGUAUGAUCACCGCACUAGAUGGACCCGACACGGUGGAACAAGAAAAAACUCAUGGUUUAGCUGAUAAGACUCUUGCUGAUGUUGUAGAGGCAAUGCUAGGUGCUGCUUUUUUGAGUGGAAAAUUAGAUGCUGCUCUUAAAGCUGCUAUCGCAUUGGAAGUUCCAUUCGAUGACAUUACAGAAUGGGAUCAUUUUCAUAAAAAUAAUAAAAAUCCUCCACGUGUUAAACAAAAAGCACUCAAGGCACUGAAUAUUGAAAAAAUUGAAGAAAUAUGUGGAUACACAUUCAAAAAUAAGAUACUGAUCGCAGAAGCAUUAACACAUGCUAGUUUACCUAAUUCGGUAACAUCAUGUUAUCAACGUCUUGAAUUUUUAGGAGAUGCAGUAUUGGAUUUUCUGACUGUUAAAUAUUUAUUUGAAAAAUACCCCGAUGGUAAACCAGGAUUAAUAACAGAUCUUAAGGAUGCAUCUGUUAACAAUCAAAUUCUUGGAGCAAUUUGUGAACGAAUCGGUCUUCAAAAACACAUUAUUCACUUUUCGCCAAAGUUGAUGUCGGGAAUCACUGCUUUCGUAAAAAUUUUAGAUGAUAUGCGAGAUAAAGGUGAAACUGUUGGAGAAUAUUGGAGUGAUUUGGACGUUCCUAAAGUUAUGAGUGAUGUUGUUGAAAGUAUGUUGGGAGCUGUUUUUGUGGAUUCAGAGUUUGAUCCGGAUGUACCACAAAGAGUAUUUGAUAAGUGGAUUGCACCUGUUUUAAAUGAGCACGUCACUCCUGAUACAUUAAAGGUCCAUCCAGUGAAAAGACUAACAGAAUACUUUCAAAAAGGAGGAUGUACUAUGUUGUUAUUGAGAAACCAUACAACUGAAGGGCCCGAAGCACAGGAAUCACCAGACUCUCAAGGUUGUACUAUCUUUAUUCACGAUGACGCCGUAUCGCACGCGAAAUCAAAUAAUGUUCGUUCAGCAAGGAAGAUGGCAGCUCAAAUAAUUUUAGACAAAAUUGAUAGUGAUGCCGAUUACUUUAAAAGGACGUGUACGUGUGUAGCUCUUCCCAAGGUGAUCAAUGAUGACGAUGAUGAUGAAGAAUUGGUAGAUUAAAUAACAAAUCAUAACAAAUUUGCAAACUUUUAUUUAAGUCAAAAAAAUAUUUUCAUAUAACAAAUAAAUUAUAAUUUUAUUUUUUAUUUAAUAAAUCAAUAUAUUAUCU